UAAUGUGGUUGCUAACAGAAGCUCCCUAGGUGCCUAUAAAGGGAGGGGUCAUAGCUCCCACUAUUACUUUCAAGUUGGCAAUAAGUUGCUGAGGUAAAAGUUAGCCAAAACAUGAAGUAUUCCAUCCCUUGCUUUCUGCUAGUUCUCUCCAUUUUCUUGUUUUCAGAGCUCACCGAUGCGAGAAAGGACAUGGGAGGCUACUGGGAGAGUGUGAUGAAUGACCAGCCCAUGCCAGAAGCCAUUAAAGAACUCUUCUCCCAUCAAGAUGAAGAUGUGCCAUCUCUCUCUGCUUCAACAAACAAGGACGACCGUUUUGUUAGGGACUUCGACAUUAGGCCUAAUGUCAUCAUAUACCACAGUGCUCAUCACGAUCAUGCUCAUCAUGAGCCUGAAGAAAUGAAGCAUGAUAUGGAACCCAAACCUUAUAUUCAAACUGUCAAUCAUGGCUGAAGUAGUAUUGAUCAGGAAUAUUUGAUUGAAAAUCCUGUUUCAAGUGCUAUUGUAUUAAACCAAGUUUGAAAUACCAGAGCUAGUAGUGUUUAAUGGAUUUUCGUCUUUCGUCUUUCGUCUUUGGUGUAUCAGUUGUGCAGUUGUGCUUGGAAUUCCACAGGUUUCAAUGAUAUUAUGUUUAGACUA